GAAGAGGAGGUGUGAGUCGCUGUUAGUUCGUUGAUCGUGCCCGGCACGUGCGCGUACUCGGUCCCUCGUGCCUUCCGAAGAAGAAGGGUGCAUGGGCGAAAGGAGCAAAGAAGGAGGCAGGAAGAAAAGGAAAAGCGGCUGAAGCAGAAAGUGACGGCAGUGUGCUUCGAACCGUCAAGCGGCACGCUGAGGAAGAGAGCUGGCGCGUAUCGCGGAUGCGUACUGUACCACGUGACUCUCGCGAGAUAUCUUCAACCCCUUCUUGAACAUUUAUCAAUUGUCAUUGCAUCGUCAUCGUACGGCAUAUUCACAAUCGAAGAAAUAUAUAGUUUUUCCAUCAACUUGAUGCCAUAUCGAUGGUACGAAUGGAUCAAUGGAAGGACACGGUGCUUGGUGAUUUUUUUACGAGACUAGGAUGGUCCACGUGAGGAUAAGCCUGUGCUGGUGCACGUGCAUGGAUUGAAGGUGAUCGACAUGGACUGCGAUAGUCGCAUGUGAAUAAAGACACGAAGAUUUGUCGCGUGAGCAGCGAUUGUAUUAUUAUUAUUGGAGAGGGGAUUCAAGAUGAGGACGGUGUUGCAGAUUAUGCUGUACCUAGUGGCUUUGAUCCUAACGAUAACUGCCGAGGAUAAAUUCACAAAUACGGUCUCGAUUUCUUCGAGUUCGCCGGCGGAAUACCAAAGCAAUACGAUACAGAAGCUGAUGAGCAUCUUGGGGAAGUAUGGACUAGAUGAUCAGAGGGGCCUGAAGAGAGUGUACUUAAGCAACAGGUCGAUUACUUGCAAUGACGGAUCGCAGGCCGGUUUUUACCUACGAAAGUCUCACGGCUCUAGGCGUUGGAUCAUGUACCUGGAAGGCGGCUGGUAUUGCUACGAUCAAAAGAGCUGUAGAGCCAGGUGGAUGCGAAUACGGCAUCUGAUGACAUCAACCCAGUGGCCCGAGACACGCGAUGUAGGUGGAAUACUCUCGCCGAAUCCCGAUGAGAAUCCAUUCUUUUGGGGUGCGAAUCACGUUUUUGUUCCUUAUUGCACGAGCGAUAGCUGGAGCGGCACCAGGGCAUUCAGAGCACCGGACGACAUGUUCUCGUUUAUGGGAGCAGAGAUCGUUGUCCAAGUCGUUCGAGAUUUGGUUCCCCUUGGCCUCGAAAACGCGAGCGCUUUUCUUUUGGCCGGCAGCAGCGCGGGCGGUACCGGCGUCAUGUUGAAUCUGGAUCGUGUUCAGAAUCUAGUGCACCACGAAUUGGGUUUGAGGCACAUUGCUAUACGCGGUGUGUCGGAUUCCGGAUGGUUCCUCGAUAAAGCACCUUACCCUCCGAAAGGCUUGUCGCCUGUCGAUGCGAUACAAAAUGGGAUGGAAUUAUGGAAGUCUCGGAUGCCUCGCAAUUGCGUGCUCAAAUAUCCUAAGGAACCGUGGAGAUGUUUCUUUGGAUAUCGACUCUAUCCUACUUUGUCCGCACCGUUGUUUGUUUUUCAAUGGAUAUUCGAUGAGGCCCAAAUGAGGGCCUACAAUGUAGCUGCACCGUUGACGAGACAGGAAUGGGAUUAUAUACAUAAAAUGGGCGACAGUUUACGACAUACGUUAGAAAAUGUUACCGCAGUCUUUGCCCCGAGCUGUAUUAGUCAUAGCGUUCUAACGAAGAGAGAUUGGAAGAUGAUUAAGAUAGACGAAGUUUCCUUUGCACAAGCUUUGUUCUGUUGGGAUCACAUGCCGAUCGGAAAUCAUCGCAAGAACAAUAUGUACAACAACACUCACUCGCAAAUCGAAACCAAUCAACCGUGCGGGAAGUCGCUGAAGAAGCUAUUGCGUUCUGGUAUCAGAAAGGGAAAUGGUACCUCGAUCGAAGGCGGAAAAAGCAAAGCUGGAUCUUCUACAGAAACGCAAAAAGCACGAUUGUCUGUCGUUGGCAAAACGCUGAAGAGAAGACCGGCAUCCGGCUCGAUUCAAGAGCAGGAAAAUAAGAAGAGGCGAAGAAGAAAACACAAAGGCAGAAGAGAUAGGAAGGAGAGAAAGAGGACUAAAGAGGAGAGGCUAAAGAAGAAAGAAAAGCACGAGCGAAGAAAAGGCGCUGGUCGUCGCAAACAAAUUAAUGGCAACAAUCAUACAGUCAUAUUUAAUGGCACCAGACCGCAGCGAUCGGUAAUACCGUCAAACAAACGGAAGUGCGUCGAGGACUGCCAUUUCCGCAUGAUCGAGCGCUGUACUUGGCCUCAAUGUAACCAUAGCUGUCCCAAGUUACAUAAUCCUUUCACAGGCGAAGAAAUGGAUCUUAUCGAAUUACUCAAGAGCUUUGGACUGGACAUGAAAAGCGUUGCAAACGCUCUUGGUAUUGAUAUACAUACAUUGAUUAGUAUGGAUCAAGAGAAGUUGGUGAAUCUUUUGACACAACGUGCAAACUAGCGAAAAGCAUUCUGUCGUAACAACUAUGUAGGAUGCUCCUGCUCUUGCUUUACCGAUUUCUCUGUUGGCAUAUCCGAAAAGUCAGAGUUUGAUAUUUACGUACAAUCCGUAAUGUUGUACAUAUUAUGUUUCAUGAUGUGGAAUGAUUUGUGCCAAUGGUCUCGUCAAAGGGCAUCAAUAUUACAAUACUUAAAUUCGAAAA